GUACAGCGGUAGCAGUGACACGUGACGCUCACAUUAUCCUAGCGGCACUGAAUCUGACGCACGCGCCCGGACAUCUGUGCUGCUGACAGCAGCUGGCGGAGUACUGCAAGGCAAGCAGGGACUGAGAGCCGCCUCUCACCACGUGACCAGAAACACAGACAGGUGCCUGUCGGGAAUAUGGCGCCGUCCGUCCUGCUGCCAGGAAUAGUGACAGGCUUGUAGUCCAGUCUCUGGCUUCGGUGUGCGGAUGGAUACUGGAUCACCUUGAACAAACUGGUUCCAACAAUGCCUCUUGUAUUGAUGUGCGGGUUCCCUUGCAGUGGGAAGAGUCAGAGAGCAUUGGAGCUUCAGGAACACCUAACGCAGAGUGGUCGAAAAGUAUAUAUUAUUGGAGACCAUGUCCUUGGAGUAGACCGUAAUGCUGUUUAUGCAGAUUCCAGGAAGGAGAAAGAUCUACGUGGAGCUUUAAGGGCAGAAGUUGAAAGGAAAUUAAAUAAAGAAGAUGUUGUGAUUCUGGAUUCCCUCAACUAUAUUAAAGGGUAUAGGUAUGAGCUGUUUUGUCUUAUUAAACACACACAGACUCCACACUGCCUGAUCUAUUGUCUGACAGCCCCAGAUAUCAGCUCCAGCUGGAACCAGGUUAGACAACAAGGCGACCAGUACACUCAAGAAAUAUUUGAUGCUUUGGUUCUGAGAUUUGAGGCUCCUGACUCACGUAAUCGCUGGGACAGCCCCCUCUUUACCAUGCACAAGGAUGAAGUACUGCCGCUGGAAGAGAUCUACAAUGCAAUAUUCCACCGGAAAGCGCCUCCACCCAACCAGUCUACACAGACUCAACCUUUGUCCUCUACAAACUUCCUGCAUGAGCUAGACAAGGUGACACAAGAUGUCGUGACUGCUGUGCUAAAUGCCCAGAAGACCAGUGUUCCAGGAGACCUCAUUAUGGUGCCAGGAGCCAGUGAGAGAAUGGAAUUGCCCCGGAUCCUGAACAUGUCAGAGCUGCGGAGGCUUCGACAACAGUUUAUCAGCUACACAAAGUUACAUCCCAACGAGAACAUCUCUCAGCUUGCAAACAUGUUUGUACAGUACCUGAACCAGAGUAUACGCUGAGACAGCUGCCUGAAGCCACUUGUACUGCGGAACACAGGCUGCUAUUGUCAGAUGUAAAGUUCUACUUGCAGAGUUUUAACAGGUCACAUUCGCACAAUAAAGAAAAAAUGCAUUUUUUAUGCUUUUAAACAUGAGUGCACUGUUUACAUAGUUCUACAAUUAAAAUUUUUGAAAUCGA